CAAGGAGCCAAUCGGCUUCCUCCUGGCGAAGCACCCAGGCGUUGGUAUUUUUCAGAUACAGGAAAAAGGCAUCAUGUUGAUGUGAGUCCCUCUCUUCCUGUCCUUUUGUUGUCGAGUAAGAAACUGGCAGCAGAACUUUGACUGACAGUUAUCUAUAGAUCCCAAAUGGAGCAUCACACAUUUCCUGGCCCUGAAGCAGAAAGGAGAGUGAAACAGUGUGGAACAGAAAUGUGCAACGAAGCAUCACGGGAUAGAAAAGUGCAGGGCAACCUGAGCAUGGACCUUGGCAUCUCAGAGAUGCAGCGCCAGCACUUCAGGAAGCUCUGCUAUCAAGAGACCGAGGGACCCCGAAAAGUGUGCAGCCAGCUCCACUGCCUUUGCCACCAGUGGCUGAAACCUGAAAGGCAUGGCAAGAGGCAGAUCUUGGACCUGCUGGUCCUGGAGCAGUUCCUGGCCGUCCUUCCCCCAGAGAUGGAGAGCUGGGUCCGAGAGUGUGGGGCAGAGACCUGUUCCCAAGCGGUGUCCCUGGCAGAGGGAUUCCUCCUGAGUCGGGCAGAGGAGAAGAAGCAGAAACAGAUGCAGGAGCUACGUAAAGUAGCCUGGGAAUUACCACAAGAAGAGGAGACUCCACAAGACACCAGAUCGAAGGAGGAGUUUGGAAGAGGUGCCAACUCAUUGGUCAGUGAAAGAAUCCACAUUCUGCCCUCCAUGCAGUUACCUGUAGGAAUGGAAACAUCUUCAGUCCUGGUGGACCAGGGCCUGGUGACCUUUGAUGAAGUCGCUGUGUGUUUUACAGAGGAGGAGUGGGCUCUGCUGGAUGCAGGCCAGAGGGCUCUGCACAAGGAAGUCAUGGAGGAGAACCGUGGGCUUGUGGCCUCUCUGGUAGGUAGAAGGGAACGAAACGAAGAGGAAACACAGACGAAAACCGAAGCCAAACAAACAUUGAUGAUAAAUUCUCAUAAAAGCACAGAGUUCUGUGUAACACCAUCACAGGGAGAGCGUCACAUAGGAAAGAAAACUUUGGUGAGGAAGAAACCAUUCAAAUGUUCUGAGUGCGGAAAGGGCUUCAGUCAGCGCAGCACACUUGCUGACCAUCACCGAAUCCACACUGGCGAGAAGCCGUACACGUGCUCAGAGUGCGGGAAGAGCUUCAGCCGUAGCCGAGCCCUUGCCGAUCACGAAAGAACCCACACUGGGGAGAAGCCGUAUCAAUGCUCAGUAUGUGGGAAGAGCUUCGCUCAGAGUAGCAACUUUGCUUACCAUAAAAAGACGCACACGGGGGAGAAGCCGUUUGAAUGCGCAGAAUGCGGAGAAACCUUCAGCCGCAGCCGCGCUCUUAUCGAUCAUCAGAGGAUCCACACCGGAGAGAAGCCGUACAAAUGCUCAGAGUGCGGGAAGAGGUUCACCCAAAGCAGCACUCUUACCUAUCACCAAAGGACUCACACGGGAGAGAAGCCGUACCAGUGUCCGGAGUGCGGAAAGAGCUUCUCUCAGAGCAGCAACCUCUCGGCUCAUAAGAAAACCCACGUGUACAAACCGUUGCAAUGUGUAGAGUGCGGAAAGAACUUCCGUUCCAGGGAAAACUUUGCCUUUCACCUUGGGAUUCACACAGCGCGGGAAAGGACGAAGGGUCCCCAGCAUUUGUGGAGGGGUGGGAAUAUUUGGGACGCAGAGGACGUGCCGUGGGCGCAGUCUCAGAAUGGGUACAACCGACCAGAAAAUACCCAUUUCCCAAGACCUGGGCGAGAAAGUGGAGACAUGGAGGCAAGUUCCCAUCCAUUGGCCAUGGCAGAAGGCUUCCUCUUGAGUCCUGCAGAGGGAGAGGAGCAAGAAGGAAGGCAGUCCUUGCUCCUCUUCCAGGAGCCCAAUGUCCUGGCCAUAGUAGCAACCACUGAAUUGCCUGUAGCAGAGGAAGCUUCUCUGGAUGCUGAGCAGAGGACACCAUUCAGGUGGAUUGUGCAGGAGGGAGCAGGAGGGGCCGCUUCACUCGAAUCUCUUUUGGUUCCCAAACCUGAACCCAUCCCAUGGUUGGAAGAAAAAGAAGUUCCAUUGAUGGAGGUGUACGAGGAAGUCACAAGACCAGCAGGAGAUGGGAAGGAGAAGAAAAAAGAUGACAAACAGGAAUCUGUAGCAAAACAUAACUCGAGUAAAAACCAUGUCAUUUGCACAGCCCCUCUGCUUCCUCAAAGCCCCUUGCCAAAUAAGCACCAAGCAGGGCAGAGAGAAGUAAGGAAAUUUUCUUUUUCCAAAAGAAAGAAAUCGUUCCAGUGUUCGGAGUGUGGAAAGAGUUUCAGAAAGAAGCCUACCCUUAACGCCCAUAAAAAAAUUCAUACUGGCGGGAAACCCUAUAAGUGCUCCAGAUGUGGGAUGGGCUUCAACCGGAGCAGCAACAUGUUGGCUCACCAAAGAACCCACACCGGCGAGAAAUCCUUUCGGUGCCCCAAAUGCGGGAUCAGCUUUAGCCGGAAGCAGGCCCUUAUCGAUCACGGAAGGAUCCACACUGGGGAAAAGCCGUAUAAAUGCUCGGUUUGCGGGAAGAGCUUCAGCCGGAGAAAUAACUUGGCCUCCCAUCAGAAAAUCCACACUGAGAAGAAGCCCUUUGAGUGCUGCGAAUGUGGGGAAAGCUUCCGGCGGAGCUGUACCCUGACGAAACAUUUCAGGAUCCACACGGGAGAGAAGCCCUACAAGUGCUUGGAGUGCGGGAGGAGCUUCACCCAGAGCAGCACCCUCAUGUAUCACCAGAGGACCCACACGGGGGAGAAGCCAUACCAAUGCUCGGAGUGUGGAAAAAGGUUCGUGCAGAGCAGUAACCUCACUUACCAUAAGGAAACCCACACAUUUAAGCCGUUUGAGUGUCCAGAGUGCAGGAAGAGCUUUGCUCACAGCAGCAGCCUGGCUGACCAUCAGAGGCUGGCCACCUGCAAGAAGCUGUUCAAGUGCCCGGACUGCGGGAAGCACUUCCGCUCGAGGGAAAACUUCGGCUUUCACGUCCAAAUCCAUAUGGAAAGUGUGGCGCCCGAGGUCAGUGGGGCUUUUCCUGUUCUCCGAACACUGUGUGAACGGUUUCUGCCGCGAGUGCCUCCUCUCGUGUGUGCUGCAGUGGGACCGCUGGCUGAAGCCCUUGCCACAGUCCAAGCACUUGAAGGGCUUCUCUCCCGUGUGGGUCCUGCAGUGGCGAACCAGGUCGGAGCGGUGCCGGAAGGUCUUGCCGCAAUCCGCACAAUUGUACGGCCGCUCUUUGGCGUGCAUGCGCUGGUGCCGGUUGAGGAGCGAGGCCUCGCCAAACUUCCUCCCGCAGUCUGGGCACCGGAACUCCUCUGCCAAAGCCACUGCCUGGGCACAGUCUUCCACUCCUCGUUCCCGGACACAGCUUUGAAUCUCCGAGGGAAGGAUGGUCAGGAACUGCUCCAGGACCACCAGCUCCAGGAUCUGCUCCUUGGAGAGCCUGUCGGGCUCCAGCCACUGGCGGCAAAGGGCCCGGAGGCGGAGGCAAACUUCUCGGGGGCCAUCCGCUUCCAGGUAGCAGAACUGCCGGAAGCGCCGGCGCUGGGCCUCUCCAUCGACAACGGGGGAGGUUUUUUUGGAGGAAAAGGAGAAACACCUGAGGCGGAGUUCUUGGGUUUAGAGGGAAGGAACCGGAGGGAAGAAGUUUUCCAGGCAGAAAAGCUCCAUGCGGAUGUUUUGAUUGCAGAAAGACCAACAGAGGUGAAACAGGAGCCUGACAAAGACUCGCUUCAGCGGUGGGAAACCCAAUGGCAGGAGUUCCUGAAGAGCCUGGAAGGCCCUCACCCAAACUGGGGCACCUCUCAGUCGAGGGAGGAGCCGUGGGACGACGCCAAAGCCUUCCUGGCCUCCUUUGAGCAAGUGGCCCAAGCCUGCCGGUGGCCCAAGGAAGAGUGGGUACCCCGGCUCCUGCCAGCAUUGAGCGGAGAGGCCAAGCGGGCCUUCACUGGCCUGGAGGCCAAAGACAGGGAGGAUUAUGGGAAAGUGAAGGCCACCAUAUUGCACAGGGAUGCCAUGUGGCAAGAGGAACAGCGGCAGUGUUUCCGGCAUUUUCGCUACCGUGAGGCUGAGGGUCCGAGAGGGGCUUACGGGCAGCUUCAGGAACUGUGUUGUCAGUGGCUGAAACCUGAAAGGCAUUCAAAUGAGCAGAUCCUGGAGCUGCUGGUCUUGGAGCAGUUCUUGGCCAUCCUGCCUCCAGAGAUAGAGGCCUGGGUCAAGGAAUGUGGUCCAGAGACUUGCUCCCAGGCGGUGGCCUUGGCGGAGGACUUCCUCCAGAAGCAGCGAGAGGCCAAGAGGCAAGCAAACCAGGUGCUGUCAGAGGAGAUGAUGGGUUCCCCUGAAGGUGUCCAAGCCUUGCCUGAGAUUGAGCAGAAGAAGCUUAGUGUGAAGACCAAACAGGAAGAUGACGAUGGGGAUGCUGGGCCCUUGGGUGAUGAAAGGAAAAGUGAGAAAGGGGGGCCACCAGGUGAGGAUUCCCCAGAAAGAACAGAGUGUGAAACAUUGAAGGAGAAUGUCUGGAGCCAAGAUGGGUCAGUAAGCCAAGGCAGAAGCAACAUGGAUGAGCCAGGAGCCAAAUCCUUCCCAUUUCAGCAUAUAUUAAAAUACCUGUGGCAAAAGUUAAAACACAAUAGACAUUCUUGUCCAAGGAUGAAAAUGGAGACCCGAGAAGACCUUACAACUCAUAUACCAGGGCAGGUGUCACGGGAAGUGAGAGGGAGCUGCCAUGUUGGGACAACUGAGGCAUUCCUACAAAGGAGACCAAUGGAGGUGAAACAGGAGCCCGACAAAGACUCACUUCAGCAGUGGGAAAUCCAAUGGCAGGAGUUCCUGAAGAGCGUGGAAGGCCCUCAGCCAAACUGGGGCACCUCUCAGUCGAGGGAGGAGCCGUGGGACGACGCCAAAGCCUUCCUGGCCUCCUUUGAGCAAGUGGCCCAAGCCUGCCGGUGGCCCAAGGAAGAGUGGGUGCCCCGGCUCCUGCCAGCAUUGAGUGGAGAGGCCAAACGGGCCUUCGCUGGCCUGGAGGCCGAAGGCAGGGGGGAUUAUGGGAAAGUGAAGGCUGCCAUCUUGCAGGGGGACGCCAUGCGGAGGGAGGAGCAGCGGCAGUGUUUCCGGCGUUUCCGCUACCGUGAGGCCGAGGGGCCGAGAGGGGCUUACGGGCAGCUUCAGGAACUGUGUUGCCAGUGGCUGAAAGCUAAAAGGCAUUCGAAGGAGCAGAUCCUGGAGCUGCUGAUCUUGGAGCAGUUCUUGGCCAUUCUGCCUUCAGAGAUAGAGGCCUGGGUCAAGGAAUGUGGUCCAGAGACUUGCUCCCAGGCGGUGGCCUUGGCGGAGGACUUCCUCCGGAGACAGCGAGAGGCCAGGAAGCAGGCAGACCAGAUGCUGUUACAGGGAGAAGAGACAGUGGACUCUCCCGAAGUUGGCCAAGCCCUGCCUGAGAUUGAGCAGAAGAAGCUUAGUGUGGUGACCAAACAGGAAGAUGACAACGGGGAUGCUGGACUCUUAGGUGAUGAAUGGAAAAGUGAGUAUGAGAGGCAACUAGGUGAGGAUUCCUCAGAAAGAACAGAGUGUGAAGCAGUGAAGGAGAAUGUUUGGAGCCAAGAUGGGCCAGCGAGCCAAGACGGAAGCCACAUGAAGGAGCCGAAAGCAAAUUCCUUUCCAUUUCAGGUGGGAAACUCCCAUGAAAUCUCAGUCCAGCAGGAAAGUGAAACAGAAAAAAAGGGGAUUGCUUUCCCCAGUGUUCAAUGUAGAAAUUACUCUGAGAACGAAUCAGAUUUGAUGUUUGCAAAGACCUUCAGCGAGAGUGGAAACCUUAUUGAAUGUGAAAUGCUUUAUGAAGGGACAAGUUCCAACAUAUACCUGAAUCAAAGUAUUUCUGCAGAUGAGAGGCAGCUUAUGAAUUUGGAUCUUGGUAAGAUGAAGCAUCCAAAGAUCCAAAAAGAGGAGAAGAUGGAGUGUGCGAAAUCCUUCUGUCGGAAGACCCAUCUCUCGUCAUACCAGAUAAUCCACACAGGAGAGAAGCCGUACCAAUGCUCCGAAUGUGGGAAAUGCUUUGGUUGGAGUGCCCAUCUCAAGGCACACCAGCUAAUCCACACUGGGGAGAAGCCGUUUCAGUGCUUGGAGUGUGGCAAAUGCUUUGGUCGGAGUGCUCAUCUCAAGUCACACCAGAUAAUUCAUACUGGGGAGAAGCCCUACAAAUGUACAGAGUGUGGAAAGUGUUUCAGGCACAAUGGAAGCCUCAGCUUCCAUCAACGGAUGCACACAGGGGAGAAGCCGUAUACCUGCCCCGAAUGUGGCAAGAGUUUCAGCGACCAGUCCACCCUUGUCAAACAUAAGAGAAUCCACACCGGAGAGAAACCAUACACCUGCUCAGAGUGCGGGAAGGGCUUCAGUCAAAGAAACAGUCUGACUUUACAUCUGAGAACCCAUGCCAAGAAAAACAGCCACACGAAACUUAGCAGUGACUAAAUGCUGGCAUGGCUAUGUUAGUCUUUUCUCCCUACCAAAUGAACAGUCUAAUGGCAUCUGUGCUGGAACUGUACAAGUCCCAGUUCCUUUUGUUAGGCUGUCUCACCCACAGCUUGAGAGCAGCCAUUUUUCUGUUAGCUUUAUGAGGGUGUAACUUAAGGAAAUCCUUCCUGGUUUGUAUCAGUAAGUUUGCCCGCCCCUUUACCUGGGGAAAGGGAACCAUUUUAGAUUACAGUGAGAUCCAGGCUUGGACAGGCCAUUUCAAGCCAGUACUACUAACCACCACUGUCCUGCUCAGUGGCAGCCUGUGGAGUUUCCAGCGCCUUCAGCAAGGUGCCAGGCCUCAGUAGGAGAGACCUGCUCUCUCCAUUUCCAACCUGAUUACUUUGGGAAUUGGGUGCCCCAGAAGCCCCUUUACCAGAGAAAGUGAGCAAGGGAAACUUUCAUCUGUCCUUCGUCUCCAAAAUCAUCCACGAGCAGUGACUUCAAGAACAACCUGUUACCUAUGAAUGUUAAGUAUGGACUUUGUUGUGGGGAAAUCAAGUUAGUGUCUGUGUGGAGAUAGGCCCAAGACCAAUUAAUAAAUAGUUACCAUUUCUCUAAAGCAAACAGUGCUGGUGCCUCGCCAAACCACAACUGCCCUGAUUCCAUAGUAUUAAGCCCUGGCAAUUAAAAGUGGUAUCAAAUUAUUA